GUGCAGCCUAGUGUUAAGCUCACAUCAGCUGUAGGUGAAUGAACAGCCCCUGCACCAUCAUUGGCUGAGAAACUACGCGUUACAGGACAGGACAAACCAGCGCUGUGAUUUCAUUCUCUUCCUUUCAUUCACUACUGCCAUCAGAAGCUCCGUGGUUGUGGUCAAACUACUCAGACCUUCAUUGAGCCGUCGGCUGCUUGGCUUCUCCAACAUGAACCAAAGCGCGGGAGCAGCACACCACAGUCGCAGGUACUCCUGUGAUGAAAAGGAUAAUGGGCCAAUUGGACCAGACAGGAACUGGAAAGGUAUCUCUAUCUCCCUCCUCGUUAUUGUGGUGGUGCUUUCGCUCAUUGGACUGUCAAUUGUUCUGCUAUCAAAAGAUAAUUAUGGGGAAUUUUCUGGCUCACACUUGACCCUAGAUGACAUCUUCCAUAGGAACUUCCAAAUACAUGAUCCUGAGGCAAAGUGGCUUAGUGAGAAAGACGUUAUCUUCCUCAGCUGGGAUGGAGACUUAUUGAAAAUCAACACAGAGAGCAACAAGACAGAGCUCUUGCUGAAAAACACAACUUUUUCCACCUUUAAAGCCUCAAAGUUUGCGGUUUCUCCAGAUCUCAACUUCGUUCUUCUGGGAUAUGAUGUCAGACAGGUUUACCAGCACUCUUUCUUAGCGUCGUACCUUAUCUUCAACCUAAACACGAGAGAAGUGCUGGAGCUAAAUCCUCCAGAAGUAUCAGAUUCAGUCCUCCAGUUUGCUUCAUGGGGUGUCGGUGGUCAGCAGUUGAUAUACAUUUUUGAGAACAACAUUUACUACCAAGCAGAUGUUCGGAGUAGCUCAUGGAGACUCACAUCUUCCGGACAAGACGGUGUCAUCUUUAACGGCAUUGCAGACUGGCUGUAUGAAGAGGAGGUUUUGCACACUCAGGCAGCCCACUGGUGGUCACCUGAUGGUUCAAGACUUGCCUACCUCACCAUCAAUGACUCCCUGGUUCCAAAGAUGCUAUUGCCCUGUUACAUUGGCUCGGUUUACCCCAGGAGUAAAGAGUAUGCUUACCCUAAGAUGGGUCAAAUCAAUCCCACUGCAAAGCUCUAUGUGGUAAUUCUCGAUGGCAGCUCCCAAACAACUGAGCUGUUACCUCCUGAGAGUCUGGACGAGAGUCAAUACUACAUCACAAUGGUGAAGUGGGUGACCGUGGAGAAGCUUGCUGUGCGCUGGGUGAAUCGGGCGCAAAACAUGUCCAUUCUUUCACUCUGUGACGUACUCACCAACAAGUGCACAAAGAGACAUGUGAUGAUAUCAGACGAGUGGCUUGAUCGCCAGAAUGAAGAGCCAUUCUUUUCAAAGGACGACACCAUAUUCUUCAUGACGCUGCCCUUAAAACACGGUGGUCUUGGAACUUUCCACCACGUGACCAUGAUCUCUACUCAAGGACAAGAUGUCAAACUACUCCCCUUAACUUCAGGAUGCUGGGACGUCACUCAAAUUCUGGCGUAUGAUGAGAACACUAAAUCAGUUUUUUUCCUAAGUAAAGAGGAUGGUACAACGCAGCAACAGAUGUACAGCGUCUCAACUGUGGAACCAUUUCAUAAACAAUGCCACACAUGCUCCCUCUUCAAGCCACAGUGCACAUACUACGAUGCUGAGCUCAGUACAAACUAUCAGCAUGUUCUUCUCCAUUGUCGAGGCCCUGGAAUACCGCAAACUACUCUUCACAGAUUAAACAAUAUAAAGGACCACAAGACACUGGAGAUGAACGCCAUAUUACGACACUCACUGAGCAACAAGAAAAUGCCUCAAUGGGAGAAAAGAACUGUGCAAAUCAACAACUUUGGGCUUUGCAUGGAGUUAAUUGUCCCGCUGGAUUUUGAUGAAACAUACGAACAUCCUCUUCUGCUGAUACUUGACAGCUCCCCUGGUGGUCAGGCUGUGAGUGACCGCUUCAGCCUCAGCUGGGAUUCAGCGCUGGUCAGUUCAGACAAUGUCAUUGUGGCUCGUCUAGAUGGGCGGGGCAGCGGCUUCCAGGGUCAGCGGGUUCUUCACGAGGUCCACCAGCGACUGGGCACUGUGGAUGUUGAGGACCAGAUCACAAUUACAAAACAUCUCAUCAUGCUUCCCUAUAUCGAUGGGAAGAGAGUUGGAGUUUAUGGAAAGGCUUAUGGAGGUUUUCUUACAUCGAUCCUGCUGCUGUCCUACAGCUCAAUAUUCAGCUGUGGCAUAGCCGUAGCUCCUAUAACAAACUGGAGGCUACAUGGGUCUGCCCUUUCUGAGAAAUAUUUUGGAUUUCCGGCGAAUGAAAAUCACAAGUUUGAGGUUUCCAGUCUAGUCAGUAACAUCACUGGACCGGGUCCAUUGAAAUUCCUUAUUAUCCAUGGCACAGCAGAUGCUACUGUUCAUUUCCAACACUCUGCUGAGUUGAUCAGACACCUGUCUGCAUCUAAUCAUAACUACAGCCUCCAGAUUUUUCCAGAUGAAGGACACGUUAUUGCGUCUGUCAAGAGCCAGCGCUACAUGCAGAACUCAGUGGUCGCCUUCUUUAAGGACUGCUUUGCGGAGGAGAAGAUCGUCGACCAACAUAUAUCUAAAGAUGACGACUGAAGGAGAGAUGGAGAACAUCCUGCAGUGAGGCUCUUGUCUAAGACUGUAGCACCUGCUUGCAUGAACCAGCAUGGAGAUACCUUUGCUUCUGAAGGGCUUAUCUUGCAAAGUAACCGAUGCCCAAUACAGCACAUCAGUAUUCCUCUCUAGCUGAAAAGUUAUUGCUUUAACCUUGUUGUUUGUCAUCAUGUCUCUAAUGCAGAAACUAAAGCACGAGUAUAUAUUAUAUUUAAAAAACGACAAUUGACUUAUCUUGUUAUUAGUCUCUUCAAGUGCAACGUGUUUCCCGGCUGCCGAGAACAUUCAAAUGUCAUGCUCUCAUGCUUGAAAGCAUUAUAUCCAGCCCUCUUCCUGCUUUGCGUACGUAAAGUACGUCCCGUGUAACACACACAUGCGCAUUUAUCAUGUUUGCGAUUUGGCAAAGUUUAGCUAUUCACAAUAGCAUUCGCAAAAUGUUUAUCGCCUCACUGAGACUGCUUUUGUGUGUGUGUGUACGUGCUAUGACAUGUUCAGUCGUCCCUUGCAAUAUCGCGGUUUGAUUAUCGCUCCCUCUCCACAUCACCUUUUUUCAGAAAUUAAUAAACAAUUGCUGUUUCGUAGUAGACCGUGGUCUAUUAUUAGUCAAAACAUAUUGAAAUACAAGUGUUGAGACAUUACCUUACUAAACCUUAAAACUGCAUGAAGUCAUGAAGUCAGCCAUGGCAUGUCAGACAUGAUAGAGUGAAAAAAAGAAGUUCUCCUCCCAUUCUGUGUGGAAGUGGUAGGUUUUUGGUUUCUUAAAUUUAGAAUAAAUCCAAGGCUAACUGGUUAGCUUGUUAUCUUUCUAGCUACCGGCCAUCUCAAGUCCCUGCAGCAUAAGAGUUGCGCAAUGUGAUGUAAACAAUGAAUAAUAAGAGUGUGAAGGUCACUCGGUCUCAUCAAUGUUACUCUAAUGUUCGGUGAGACAUACAAGGAUCAGACUUGAUCGCCCUAAUAAAAACACGAGUUAUUUUUGUCAUGGUUACCUAUGCAAAGCUGACACUCAACUCCGAACCCUCAAUGUCACUUCCUGUCCGCUUGUCUUUCAGGUGCCCUAGGUUAGUGGUGGGGAUGCUAAUUUUCUAACAUGUUGCAAGUAUUAUAUCCCAAAAAAGUUGUAAAGUUGUAAGUUGUAAAGUGUAAAGUUGUUCAGUACAUGAUCUAUACGAGGAGCUGAAUGAGAGCAACUGUACUUGAAUUUGGAUGAAAGUUGAAACAGUAUUUAGAAAAUCAAGCUAGUCCAGUUGCUGUAAUUCAUCUCCUCAGAUAAACAAAGUACAAUUCACAAAGAUUUGAAUACACAAAUUUAACUUUUUUUCUGAUUAACUCAGUAGGUAACUUUAAUAAUAAAGUUAUUUUACUGACUACAAAUCUGCCUUGGUCAAGAAAUCUAAGCAUGAAUAGAUCGAACUUUGCAUGAUUCUACCUGCGAGUCUUUAUUGUGGGCGGAAGCUGGAGUGGUGAAAGGUUCGUCUCUUUGUAAUGCACUCUUCCCCAGCAGAUACUGACGGACUGAUCGUAAAGUUCACGCUCGAUGUCCUUCCCCUCUUGCUCAAGCUUGGCCAAGUCGCCCGUAAACAUGUCAUGUACCUCGUGGUGGCGUAGCAAGCUAAGACGUGAGGUGCAUUCAAGGGUAUCGGGUCAUUACGAUUUUUUUUUUUUUGGCAGGACUGGCGACCCGUUGAAAACGGCUCCGCGGCUUUUGGCAUGAGUCAUAUGUCUUAAAUGAUUUACUUUCAUUUUGUGUACCAUAUCGGUAAUUACGAGUGUAACAGGUGUGUAAGGGUGUUGUUUUGUAAGUAUGGCUGUGUUUUUCCUUGGUGUCAUGACGUGAUGUGCCGGUGGUAGAGCUUGGUUCCUUUUCUCCUUGGCGGCAUCACGUGAUGUGAAUUGGUGACCAUCAAUGGUGAGUGACCUUUCAUCAAUGGUGAGUGACAUUUCAGUGGGCUUUCUUGGGUUUCGGCACCUCUGCACUGUCCAUGCCGGCGUCCGCUGGUGGAGAUGCUUAAUACGUUUUUUUUUAUUUGAAUGCUGUUGGAAUACCGUAAGAAUCUUUACAAUGCAGUCAACGUGCAGUUAGAAUACCUUUUACUACAAUUUUUACACUUCAUAUCGUCCUUGAAAGUUUUUAGCAUGCUCAAAACGUAUAACAUCUUCAACCAAGACUCCGGGUUCCUCAAUUCAACCUUUGCAGAUCAUGUUUCUUCUCCAACUGAAAUUGAUCCCAUCAGGCACCAUGCUGACUCAACACUCCUUUGUUUGUUAUCUAUUUAUUUAGAACCAUGACUAGAGGACAAUCACAAUAACCCCAACAUCACGACCCCGCCCUUUUCCCUUCGUAAAACGGCAAGACACAAAGUGACCAGGCAUUACAAAAUUCAUUUUCAGAAAACCAAAAUAGCAGAGAAACCAUAAUAGAAAGGGAAAAAAAAUACAACAGAUUCAUGUCAAAUAAAUUGAUCCCAAAAGACUUAAGUUUCUAUGAGAUUGGACGUCUCAAAAAUAUAUUUAUGUACACACUCUGCUGUAUUGUUCUGUACAAAACCUGACACGUUCCCUGUAGACAUGCAACCACUUACCCAUACUGCAUAAACUCCCAUCUUAUCAUUUCUAAUUCAGUGUAUUUCUAUGUAUUUGUUCUUUGGACGGCAUCCUGAAGAACUCAAAUGCACCACUUUUGAGCUUUCCUGUAACAGCGUACCAAGAGGGAACACACUGCGGAAAUGACUGGAUGUAGUCGUUAUCUUCAAAGCAACUUCACUGUGACCUUACCUCAGACUUCAGCAGUUUUAUCUUUUUAAGAUCCUAAAAAGACUGCAACGCUAUGUCUCAAACACCUGAGUUGACAUCGGUUUACAUGACACCGCUAAUGCAAAACUACUGCAGCCAGUAAGAUAUGGUACAGUAUGUUGAACCUUGUAAGGCAUUGUACAUUUCUACACAACACUUCUGUACAAUCAAUGUGACCGAGAGAACUUGAUUUUAUUCAGAGGGGAGAACUAGCGGAGGAUUUCAGUGGGAGCUGCACUUGCUUGGUGUUAGUCAGGGUGUAACGGUACAUGUAUGGGCUUCCCACACGUAAACCACACGGCACACAUUCAAAAUGAGGGACAGGAAGUGUUUAUGACGUCACGUGUCUACUCGGUAAACAAGUACAGUGCAGUCCAGCCUUUGGCUAGCGGGAGUCAUUUAUUGCGCCAAGAAGUGGCGGACGGGGCGACAAGCUGGAAAUAUCCAUGCUGCUUUUCAGCCAAUGAGAAACUCGACUAAAAAUUAAAAAUCAUUUACGCUGUUCAAACUGCUGAAUUGCACUUUACUAAAAAAGAAACAUUGUCAACAACUGAUUAUAUCACAUUUUUAAAUCAUCUUUUAUUUGCUCAUUGUACCCGCUAGUAGUUUGCAGGGUUUUUGUUUUUGCUUCAUUUUGAAAAACUUUAAAGGUGCUUGUAAAAAGAUAAUACGUCAUAAGAGGUCAGCAGUUUUGUCUUGUUCCCUUACUGUACCCAAAAUGAACCGAAACAUAACCUUGAAAACGAGGUGGGUACCCAACAGUGUGGUCAGGAGAGGCAGGUGAAGCAGAACCUCACCUGUCAUCCUGAAAACAUAAAAUACAUUUUGCCAUCACACGGUAUUAUAAAUGUAUUUUCCUAUGUGAAAAUCGCUGAAUUUGCACAUUUCCUAAUGAGACGAGACCGUGGCAAAUCUCUCCAGCCAGCAUAAGUGCACGAGCUGAACCUCUUGAGUGCACUUCAGCGCAUGUUUGUCAGCAUGUCGCCAACAUGUUUGCAGAAAUGUAUUAUACUCCAUGACUUUCUACAGCCCAUGUGAUCUUUAAUGUAAUUGUGACAUCAUUAUUCUUGCUAAUCAGACAAUAACAAAGAGAAAUGUUAUAUGCAGAGGCGCUGCAGUACACUCCUCAUCCCGAAGGGGCUGAGGUGUGCAUGAGUUAGGAGGUGCUUGUCACUGCUUUCCUACCCUAGACAGGAAACGCCAGUUUAUGUUUACUUGACAGCAGCGCCACUAGCGCUAGAUACAGCAAAAAGCCAAAUGCAUUAAAGAUAUUUUUAUGCUCUGCUGAGUGAAUGAGCGAGCUGCCAAGAUGGAGCGUCAUGUAUCCGAGCUCAACAGACUUCUGCAACAACGUAUCAGAGGCUAGGGUGCAUGUACCUUAUAUACAAAUAAAACAAUAAACACCACAAAUGGUUUUCAGUUCCUAAAAAAAAAAAAAAGACUACGAAGUAUUUGAAAAGAAAGUUUUUAACGAAAGUUAAUUACAGUAAUCCCUCGUUUAUCACGGUUAGACAUGAAAACACGUCCUUAUAGCCACCUUUACACUCAUUUUACACAAUCUAGUGGACAUAAUAAGCGUGAAUAAGCCAUUUACGACAUGAAUACGAGUUGUGCUUGUGUGUUCUGGUGAAAUGUGUUCUGGUGCUUGAACAGCAGGGUGGCGGGGGGGCAGGAAUUAAUGUCAGCGGUUCAGAGUUGGUUUUUAACUUGGCGUGGGUUACAGCCGCAACAGUAGCCCGUGUUUUUAUUAGGGUUGUUGUGCCUCUUGUGAGAUCAUUCAAACCUGCAUUAAAAGCCUGAUGUUCAAGUCUCGUGCUUGUGUGAACAUUACAGAAACAUUACUGACACCUAGUGACCAGUAUAGAAUACUACUCAUGAUUCACAGCGUCUUUUAAUGCGUCGUCGGUAUGCCUUAUAUUUGUAUUUAUUUCAUUUAGUCAUUUGUAUGCUUGAAAAUGCUUAUUUUAGGCAAAAUGCACAAGAUUUGCUUAAAUAUGCAUAUUAUUGACUAAUAAUAGGCCACAUUCAACAACAAAUGAUUUAUGAAUGAAUAUAUUCUUGACAAACCCUGCUCAAAUGAAGCCACAAAAUUCGAAACACAGAUUCUCCUUUUUUUUCUUGUCAUCCUCUUAAUGAGCAACAUGUAUUAAACAAACAAAAAAAAAUCCCAAAUGAGUCAAUUCCUCACCAGCCAUGAACCUCACCACAAGUACCGUUACACCCCAAGUAGUAGAGGAGCAUUUCUUACGGCGACACAUCAGUACAUAACCUCUUAUCAUAAGAAAUGCAUAGAAGCUCCAAUUACAAGUGCAUCGUAUAAAGUUGGUUGAUUCUCAAUAUUACAAAAAACAACAGCUUGUGAUUCUGCUCAUGGAUCUACUGAAAGCCAUGUGCUCAUGGGCAUUAAAGUAUUUGUGACUAAAUACUACAUUAUUUUCCUUUGCGUUUUUUCGCUGCACACGGAGCAAGUCCAGUCACACGUUCACUCACAACGCUGGACGAACGUCAGCUCAUGAAGAAAAUACUGUGCUUAACCUUUUGUCCGAUAUUCGGAAAUAUGUACAUAUUUCAUGACUAUACUGUGAACCGCAGUACAACAACAACAGAAGACGUGAGAUCAGAAGUGUUCAUUUGUCUUCCCGAGUGCUAGCGCAGGAGAGACGCGGGUGUUACAGGGAAUGGAGAUCACGAAGGGAAACGAGCAUGCACUUGGACUGUGUCGAUGACAGUGAUGAUCAGUGUUCAGUGUGCUUUGCCGUGGAAUUCUUUGAUGCCGGAGGUCAUUUCCUGCCUCAGUCCCAGCAGUAAAAAGUGUCACCGUCAUCACAGAUGUCCAUAAGAUGCCUCUUGGCCUGUCCAUCAUCUCUUGGUCCAAAAGCAAAAGGCUUUUCUAGAUCUUCUGAAAGCCUGCUGUCUGACUCUAGAAGACUCAUCUUACUCGUCCUCUUCCUCGUCGUCAUCAGUGAGUGGCAGUAACUCCUCCUUCAGGCAGUCCCUGUAGAAGCUGAUGAGAGUGGCAUAUAGGUGCUGGUGGCUCUGAUGCGACAGGAAAUGACCUUCGUCAGGGUAGAGCUGGUGGGAAGAAGGCACAGGGGUUCUGAUGGUUAACAAAUGGAAUUAUGUUGAGAGCUUCUGUUCAAAACAUCUGAAGGCCGGAGUAGGACUUUUCGCUUUUGCUUACUUUUGCGUUAUCUAUCUUGCUUUUGGUUGGUUUCCCUUUUUACUCAUCACCAGCACUGUGGAGUUGCGUUCAUAUGCACCAUCUAGUUCAAGUUGAAUUCACAUGUUCUGAAUGUAUUUUACAAAUUGUACUUCCACAUUGAGUUACGCAGUGCCCUUGAACGCAUCGUCAUGUGAACAGUGCCUGGCCAGCGCAGGGAGAACAGUGCUUGUUAGGUCCUGCUAUGACACCAAGAAAGGAGACAAUAUGGAGGUGUUUAUCCUUUUUGUGCGUUAUGUGAACCAAUAAGUGAGUUUCAUGAUUACGUUUUACUCCGUUACUCGGAGUGUUGGUAUACGAAUAUUCACUUACUGUUUUCCUUUGUCUUUGUGUUUAUUUACACCACACAUACAGACAUAAUAAAGACGCUGUUGUGAUGUUCAGAGUAUCCGUGAAUGCACCACACGAGUGUGAUGGUGAAUGAGGGACGUGUUUGCGAGUUGGAGAUGCAUGUAUGGUGUAUUACUGUAUGUACAGUAAUCCCUCGUUUAUGGUGGUUAAUUAGUUCCAGACAUGACCGUGAUAAGUGAAUUUCCACAAAAUAGGAUUCCUUAUUUAUAAAUAAAAUAUUUUUGUAUUUAGAGCAUAGAAAACGUACUUAGAAACUUCUAAAUCGUGUUUUUAACAUUAUUGGAGCCCUCUAGACAUGAAAUAACACAUCUAUGAUCACCUUUACACUCGUAUUACCCAAUACAGUGUAUAUAUAAGAAGAGUAAAUACGCCAUUUAAGACAUAAAUAAGACUUGUGGUCGUGUGUUUUGCGAUAAAUAUGUUCCCAAGAGGAGCUGAGUGGCGGGUGGACAGGAAGUGCUGGGGGUUCAGAGUUGACGAUUUAGCUUGCCGUGGUUUACUGCAUCAACAGUGGGCCGUGUUUUUAUUAGGGAUCAUUGUGCCUGUUGUGGGAUCACUCAAACCUGCAAUAGAAGUUGGUUGUUCCAGUGAUGAAGUCUGGCUUUGAUGAACACAGAACAUCACAGUGACGUUACUGACACCUAGUGACCACUGUGGAAUAUUACAUAUCAUUGACGUCCUCUCUUUGAAUGUGUCUUCUCUUGUCUUUAGUUUAUUUAGCCAUUUUUAUACUUGAAAAUGCUUAAUGGAGGCAAAAAUACGUAAAACUUGCUUCAGUACGCUUAGUGCAAAGUGGCAACCCUCGCUACAUCGUGCAUCACACUGUCGUGGUUUGUCAAAAGUUAAUAAAUGAUCACUGUUUUGUGGUUGAAUAUGGUCUUUUAUUAGUACAACAUCGGGUCUGGAACCAAUUAACCACGAUAAGCAUGGGAGAAUUGCCUGCUAGCUUUUUAUGCUUAAUUUUAAAAAUCAUUAAAGCCCAACACAAAAGCUACACAGUUUUACGUUUAGUAUUUUGUUCUCUUACUGCACCCAAAAUGAACCGAAUCAUAAUUAUGGCAUACUGUUACACCACAACCCAUAAGCCGUCUCUGUCCAGGUGAGCUCAAGGCUCGUGUAUAUCUGCUACAUAAGCACAUUUUCAGAAACUAUUCAUUUGCAUCAAUGUUUUGCCUUUUUUUUUUUUUUUUUUUUUUAAUGCAGAGGUGGGUGUUGCUUCCGUGACAGUCACCUGCAUUGAGUAGUUUGCUCUAACUUUCACCAGGCUCUUGACAAGCUCAGCGGUGUGUUGAAAGUGGAUGUUGGCUGCAAAUAGAAAAGGUGUCAGUGGAGUUCAGCCUUUCAUUUCAAAUUGGGAUUCUUGUCGAACUAAAACAUGUCAACAAAUUUUGCAUGCGCGGCUCAACAGAGAUUGCUUUCUUCUGAAAACCCCUGCAUCGAUUUAGAUAAGCCACUUCCCUUUUAUUUUUUCAUUAAAACAAUUUGCCUCAUUACCUUUCAGGAUUGCUUGCUUCUUUGUGCUCAGCAGCGAUGCUCAAAAGAUUCAGCAUAUUCAUUUCCGGACAAUUUAUUUUCACUUACCAUCUGCCGUACCGUGCACAAGCAUCAGUUUCUGCUCUCUUAGUGCAUGAACAUUCUGCAGCACACUGGAGAACUGGAAAAAGGUAAUGAGAAAUAGAUAGAACACUUAACACAUCCUAGGUCUGGAUGAAUGAAACAUUCCAGAUGAAAAAGAUGAGAUAAUACUCCUAUAGUCACCAUGACACUCCUAUUACCCAAUAUAGUAGACAUAUUAAGAGAAAACAAGACAUUUAGGACAUAAGUAAGACUCGUGGUCAUUCGUGCGUGUUUCAGUAAAUGUGUCCCGGUGCUAAGGGAUGAGUGAGGGGUGGAUAGGAAGUGACGUUGGGGGUUCAGAGUUGAGUUUGAGCUUGCCGUGGGUUAUAGCCGCAACAGUGGCCUGCGUUUUUAUGAGGGAUUUUAGGGAUGCCUGUUGCGAGAUGAUUCCAACUUGCAAUAAAAGCCUGUUGUUCUGGUGAUCAAGUAUGGCACUUGAUUCUUCCGAAUGCUUUAUAUUUGUAUAUUUAGUUGAUUUAGCCAUUUUUAUGCUUGAAAAUGCUUAAAUUUAGGCAACAAAUGCUUAACAUUGCUCAAACAUGCAUAUGUUUUCACUAAUAAUAGGCUAUAUUCAACCACGAAACAGCAUGAUUUAUUAAUUACUAUAUGAUUGAAAAUCCACGAUAGAGUGAAGCUGUGAAAUUCAAACUGCUAAGUGGCGAGGGACGACUGUAUUGUCAUUUUGUGUAGCGCUUUGAAGAGGAGCAGUUUUUGCUUUUCGUUCUUUAUUUUGCACCACUGACUAUAUUUUGCUGAAAUUGUAUGUAACAAAAGGGAAAUGCAUUAUUUUGUUAAUAGUGUUGAUCAAUUGUUAACUAGUUGUUACACAUUCACAUGAAACAUGUUGUGUUCCAAACCGGCUGGUCGGAGUUAACUUAAGAAAGAUAAGUAAAAGUACUUUAUUUUACAUUUGUUAUGUAGCAGCUAUAUUUUAUUUAUGACGACAUAAAUAAAUACUUUUACUGCUCUUCAGCACUUUGACUUUACAUACUCAAGCACAUUUUUAAUGAUCGUACUUGUGAUACAAUACAGAGUAGCAGAUACUUUAAGACUUUUACUCAAGGAAAGUAUUUUUCCAUCUCCUCAAGUAUGGCUUUUGUGUACUUUAUACAAGAUGUUUGAGAUCCUACAAGAUCACCAUUAUUUCUUUGGAUAAUGGCAAAAAACAACAAUUUGCUGUUGUGAGAAAUGUUGUUGUGCUUUCUUUCUUCUCUCCCAUGUCUCCUCCCUCCCAUUGUUGAGGAACGCACCUCUGAUUACUAAACAUCCUGUCUGCACAGGAGGCUGAUAGCGAGCGCAAAGGCAGUCUGAAAAACACUCAAACUGUUGAGCGAUGCAACCAAAAAACAAACAAGUUUACUUUGAAAGUAGCCACAUCACAUUAGUCGUGCUGUCUGUAGUGUAUAUUAAUUUGUUGUUUUUUGUAAUUACACAUACAGUGUAUUAUCCACGUAUUACGGCAUUUCAUGGUUACAUACACGCUUUCAUGAAUUCAUUUUUUUUUUAAUCACUUUUGGGCCGUAAACACAAACCUCGACCAAGAGAUAGCUGCAGCGGAAGAAUACACUAUGUGCCCCUCAUGCGCAGCCACACUAAAAACAUCAUAUUCUAGCAUCUAACAUCUACUUGUGAAGACGAGGAGGUGGUUGAUUAACAAUCUCUUUACUGCAAAAAAAGCUGUCGGCUGCAACAACGGCAAAACAAUAACAAACUGAACUGUCCUCUCCGUAUGCAGG